GGUUCGGUUUUUAUAAGUCACAAAACGAUGAAACUAUUGCUAGUGCUUGGAGUUGCGGUCGCGUUUCUAGGACAGCUACAUGCUGGUCCAGUGGUGCACGAUCACUCGCUGGUACAAAUCUCGUCCACACGGAACGAGCUGUUCAAGGAGUUUGACCAGCUCCUCAAUGGCAUCGCAAAGGAGGCGAUCGACAGUCUGUCGUCGGUGAAGCAAAACACCGAGAAGCAGGUGGCAUCGGUGGAAACAGCCAUCCAAGAGCUGGAAACACUGUACAACGAUAAAGUGCUGAAGGAGAUCUCCAAGUACGAUGGACUGCUGCAGGAUCUCGAGACCCAAGUUUCUCCCUGCUUCGGACCCGUACCGGAGGAUGUAAAGAAGAUCGUACAAGGGGCCCGAGGUGCGGCUGGUGUCUGUGCCAAAAACACCGUGGCAAGGGUACGAGUGAUCCAGAAGAACGUUGAAGCUCACAUCCACUUUGGGCUUGGUAAGGUGCAGGACAUUGUCGCCGUCGGUCGGCAAUGUAUAGUGGACAACAAGGGCGUACUGGAACAGAUAAACUGCGCGCUGGAAAGUGCCCCCAAAGCAGUGAGCAUCGUGGAGGAGAUUAUACGUGAUGCCGCUACGCUUUUCGCUGAAACCUCGCAAGAGGUGGCCGAUAUUUCGGUGGAUACCGAGCAGUGCUUGGCCGUGGCAGUGCAGGAUGCUGUAGGCAGACUCAACGAAGCACUGAAGAAGGUGGCCGAAUGUUUGGGUGACGAGUAACGUGCCUGCUCGCCAAACCAGGACCGUUUGUGAUAAUUUGAUUAAAAUAUUUUUUUGCGGAAUACGACAACAUA